CAAUUCUCUCUCUCUCUCUCUCUCUAAGAUUCAAGGAUAAACCCAGAAAAAUGAAAAAAACAAAUAUGCAGGAGGUAGGAGAAGAUGAAUAUUUGUGCCUCAGCUUUAACAAUUUUGGAUUUUUAUCAGAAAUCGCCGCUAAAAUCUCCGAUGAAUUUCAGGCGGAGGUGUACGAUAGCUUCGACGGCGAUGAAGAUUUCGAAUUCUCUUUGGUCUCUGAAAAUCCGGAUAACUCAACCACAGAAUUCAUCUACGACGGUCAAACUAAAUUCCAGAAGCCAAUUUUCCCUGUAUUCAACCGCGAUCUAUUGUUAAAGGAUGUUUCAUAUGUUAAGAAAGUUAACGAUUUGGAGUCUGAGAAUGUUGAUAGUUCAAUUCGGAUUCCGUUGAGGAAUUUGUUUCUAGAAGAAGGGGAAUCGACGACGUCGUCGUCGGUAGAUGACAUAGAGACGAUACCUCCUGGAACGUACUGUGUGUGGAAGCCGAAGAUGAGCGAACCAUCACCAGGAAAAUGUAAGAAGAGUAAAUCAACAGGAUUUGUGUCAAAGCGGUGGCCGAGGAUUCGAGAUCUGUUACGGCGGAGUAACAGCGAAGGGAAGGUGGAGGACAGUUUUGUAUUUCUCACACCGAAAAAGACAAUAGAAAAAGUAACAGGAAAAUCAAAGAAUUCCAGUACUGAGGUUGUGAAAAUGGCCGGGAAGUUGAAGCAGACGACAGGAAGUUAUAUCACCGGAGGAGAGAAGGUUUCACCAGCGGCUCACCAGGCACUCUGUAGAGCGGGUAAAGAAGCUGAUAAGAACAGGAGAAAAUCAUACCUACCGUAUAGGCAAGACCUCAUAGGAUUUUUCGCCAUUGGUUUGAAUAGAAGUUAUCGUCCAUUCUAACACCAUGCAAAUGCCUUUAGCAUACAUUAUUACAGAGUUUUUUGUUCUAGUAUAUCAUUCUAUCAACAAACAUUUCAAAAUGUAUGUUGCUCUUUUACUUGCCAAUUCUCAAAUUAAAACAAUUUUGACAA